UUUAUCGUGUAUCGCAUUAUUUGCUUGUAAGCAGGAAUUAGACUAAAUCAAACUAUUUACGAUAUGUGUAAUUGUAAUAUAUUUUAUUGUAAAGAAGUAUGAUGCAGUCCACAACAGAGGGUUGCUUAGAUAUCGCCGAGUUGGCUAACCAGCUGACUCGAGAGAAGAUAUUUAUAAGUUCAGAAAGGCAGUUGCUGCAAAACCUUAACGAGGAAGUGGAAAAGAGUGCCUUAGAAUUGCUUCAAGCUGCCUGGAUAUGCUCUCAACAACGACAGAAUCUCACGGACCUGAUAAACUCUCGGUGCGAGGCUGACUCGAUCGCGGCCUGCCAGCGAGCCAGCUCCCUGGAAGGCACUACCUUCGUGGAUGUAUACAAAGUGCUAAAAUACAAGGAAGCCUUAGCGCUAGGCGAGCUCCUAGGAUGGCUCCGCGACUCACCUCACCUCGUGUCGCUCUGCCUCCUCCUCGGCGAAGAGCACAUGCCGCCCACUCUGCCAUGUGCCCUCGUCGCCGGCCUGUACGGCAGUUGCCGGCUGCCGGCCGACCGGACCCGCCUACUCGCUGUGAUAAGAUCACUGCUCAAACACCAGCUGGCCACGUCCAGUGAUCCUAGAAAAUUGUUCCGCUCCGGCAAAUGCGCCCUAGCGUCCCUAUACGGCGUGUUCCGCGACGGACACGCGCCGGCGCGGCAGUUCCUCGUGGCCGCGCUCAACGCUCCCGUCAUGGCCGCUCUGCACGAGGACGAGUUCUUCUUGGACAUCCAUCCUGACCGCGCCAUGGAGCGAUUCUCUCCCCAAGACCGCGUAAAGAAAUUCGGCCAAUCCAACACAGCUGAAUACAACGCUAAAGUCGCGCGUUACCGCAAAUGGAUCGUGCAGCGUCUGUUCCAACUGACCAGCAAGUUCAUUACGUCCCUGCGCGAACAUUGGGCCAACUUCCCGGCCUCUAUUGCUUGGUUGAUACAGCAGAGCGUUCAUCUUAUUAAACAGCACUCAAGAAUACCAGAAAGCGAGCUGCACGGCCUAUGCACAGACCUCGUGCUCAACCACUUCAUCUGUCCCGCCAUCUUGAACCCCGAGGCCCACGGCGUGGUCGACGCCCCCGUGUCUUACAUAGCGCGCACUAAUCUUAUGCAGAUUGCGCAGAUACUGCAAGUGCUGUGCCUUAGCAAGCAUACUGAGGUGGACCCGAAGCUGACAGACCUGUACUCUCUCUUCCCCCGCUCGUGCGUGUGGGCGCUGGUGGAUGGGGUGUGCGGGGACGCGCUGGCGCCGCGCGCCCCCGCCGCCCCCGCGCCCGCGGCCGCGCCCCGCACCGACGCGCCCUGCGCGCCCGCCGCCGCGCUCUACACUCCGCAAGAGCUCCACCACCUGAUAACGUUCCUGAAACGGAUAUCGUCGAAGCUGAACAACAACACGCCGAGCGUGACGUCAGAGGAGAUGUCCAGUGGCUCCGGGCCUGCCGACGCCGCUGCCUACAGCAGUGAGUCAGGCAGCGACUCGUCCUCAUCGGACGCCGGCGCGUCCAGCCUGGCCGCGCUCCUGCAAACCAUGGAGCCCAACUACCGCAGCAGGCUGCACGACCUGCUGAGGAAGAUGCCUGACUUGAGCAAACCCAGACAAUCACCGCCUCAACCCGCCGACGCCGCAGAAACGCAAAAGAAGAGCAUCCUAGCCAAAGUGCCUAAGCCACGCUUGCCUCGUAGCAGUAGCUCGAACACCUCCCUAGCCACGGAAAUAUCGGAACCAGAGCUGGAAGUGUAUGUCAUACAGAUGGCGAGGCAGGAUGAGAGCGACUACGUGGGUUUGGUCCCAGAGUCCAAAGUGUUGGAGUGCUACUGUGGAGGCUCAGAGGGCGACGCGGAAGACGCGGGUUCCGCGCUACAGGCCGCGCCCGGCGCGCCCGUGCAGAAGCGAACCAGAUUCUCCGUGUCCCACGACGAGGUGUCGCUAGGAAACACGUCGGACAACUUGGAGGCAGUCUCGGAGGCUGCAUCCAACCACAGUGUCACUUCAAGUUUGGAGUUGGAGACAGAAGACCAGAACGACAACCUCUCCGAUAUGGUGUCGGCGAACGUGAGCGGGCGCGGCAGCCCGAACAUCUCCGGCCGCGAGACCCCGUCGUCCCAGGUCACGGACGGGGACACGGCGGGCGAGCCGGCUAGACGGUUACCGCAAAACGUCCCAGUGAGCCAGGCGAACAGCGCGCAGGCCAAGCUGCUCAAACAGACCCGGAACGAUAUCGAAGACAAGUUCUGCAAGUUCGAGAUCAAGAAACUUCUGGAAGGUGACGAAACAGUGAGCAUCAUGUCGGACACAUGGAGUACCGACGUUCUGGCUUCCGAUUCGGAGACUAUCGGGGACUCGUGUGACCACACGCUGGUCGCCGUUAACCAAAACGUAGUGGCCAACACGAAUGCGCCAGACGUGUCCGAGACGGCGAGCGAGUCCGCGUGGUCCAUGGACGUUCUCGCCUCGGACAGCGAUCGGAACACAGAGGUGGACACGGAUGACUGCGUGUCGGUCGCGGCGCGUUCCGACACGUCAUGGCCGAGGAGGCUCUCUCAGCAGGAGGAGCAAGCGGCCAUCAAACAGAACCAGCAAAAUGGUGCGUACAAAAAACCAGAAGUCAGUAACAGCCCAAAGCACACUCCACGGCCCUACCAACCGAACAGGUCCGGUAGCGGAUACCUAAGCGCCACGGCGCAACUGUCAAGAGGCGCGGAGCUAGACUUGGGAUCCACCGCCGCGCCCAUCUACCCGGAAAACAGGAAGAGCAUACUCGUCAAUGGAUACCCUGUGAUGACUUGCUACGCGACGUCGGCGCCCGAGAGCCCCGGGGCCGCCGCGCCGCCGCCGCUGCCCAACGUGUUCGACUACGGCCCACAGAACGGCGAAACCAGCCAAUCAGAGUCGACCCUCGAAGCAGCCAACAGCCAAUCAGACGCGACCAGCCAAUGGGUGGACGACUCGUUCCCCCCUCCCCACCACUCGCCCGAGCGCCCCUUCCCCCCCUGCAAGUACGACAUGCCCGGGACCUCCAAGACUUAUGAUGAGAACGAUAUUAUGGACAGAUCCCUGAACUCCAGCGAGAGCUCAUUCAACGCUCUCUCCGUGUCGCAAUAUGAUCGCCGCUUCGACUCCGGCAUCGACACCGAACGCAACGAAGACCGUUCCGCGAUCACCGACCUCAUGACUCGCAUGUCUUCGGCCACCAUCAACACUUCUGCUAACCUGGUCAAUAACGUGUCCAGGAUCGUCAAAUCGGAGAUACGGACCAGUAUAGUCAGCAUAUCGUCUUCCAGAAUCGAAAAGAAACGCGACACCUCAAACAUGUCUCUAAGCACGCUGUCAGUGAACAGCGAAACCUCUGUGUCGGACCGCAGCUCUAGCCAAGACGUCAACUCGGAAAACGUGACGGAGCGGCGCGUGAGCCCGCCGCCGGUCAAGCCUGUGUCCACGGGAGCUAUACCUAAGAGCAUUAGCUUCGAUGCUACGGCUGAGAAGAGUCAGAGACGGCGCAUAACAGAAGACAGUCUCGUCGGCAACCUGGACGAGUUGAAGAACAACGUGAAACGCUCGGGUGGGAACCUGCUGCACAAAAUCAAGAUGUUCAGCCGGCCCAAGGGCCGCUCGCACCAGCACCCGAACGACAUAAAGCUAGCCGAAGAAGAGGCGCUGCGCGAAGACGCUCCGCGCGCCGAGCCAACGGAAAGCUCUGACGACAUCCUCGCAAAAUACAGGAGAAAGAGCUCCACCGACUCACGGCGGAGGGGACAGCGUCGAGUGUCUGACGUACCGGACAUAGCUGACAGAUGUGAAGGAGUACUGGACCUGAACGACCCCGAGGUUUUCAACACGAUGAAGAAGAAACUGCGGCUCGUGCUGUCCAACCCCGAGCUGUUGUGUACGGAAUACGUGCCCAAUCGCUGCACCAGCACGUCCUUGGUGGAAUGGAUGCGCGCCGCCGCCGCCGCCGCCUCGGAGACCGGCGCCUCCGCGCAAGCGGCCGAAGUGGCUCGAGCCUUAGCUGCCUCCGGCGCUCGCUGCGAGCGGCUAGCGGCGGCUCUGCGGGCAGACCUAGACGCGAGGCGACCGUAUGCGAAGUACUUGGCGAGCUGCCGGUCUGCGUUGACGCACACGCUACACGCUCUUAGACGGCAAACCAACCAAGUCCGCGCCGAGUGUGCGGCGUGGUCGCGCGCCGCCGCGGCCGCGCGCGUCCUGCAGCAGCUCGAGCGCGGCAACUCGCUGCGCCGGCUCGCGCGCCACCACUCCGCGCACAACAACCACGCCGUCAACGGAAGCGAGCUGAUGGACGAGAAGGCAAAAAGACUGAUGGCCAACAUCAAGACCCUGAUUGCAGAGGUGAAGGCAGACCCGUCGUGGGAAGGAGCGCCGGCGACAUCAAUAGAGGUGUUGGAGUUGACGGUAGAGCGCGCCGCGUUCGCUCGACUCUACCUCAACGUGUUGUUUCCCAUCGGCGAGGGCGACUACGGACGCGACCAGGUCCUAUCAGAGCACAUACGGCGUCUAGGCGCCGGUAUGACGGCGUCCCGCGCCGGCGUGAGCGCGCGCCAUCUAUGGGCGGCGCCGUACGCGCGCGCGCAACUGUUACUGCAACACCUGCCCGUCUAUCGUACCCCUCGGGACAAGUUGCAGUGCGUGAUGCGGUGCGUGACGUGCGUGAUGGCGGUGCUCGGUCUCACGGAGGGCUCGGCGCCCUCCGCCGACGACCUCACGCCCGUGCUCGUCUUCAUCAUACUCAAGGUCAACCCACCCUCCCUUCUCUCGACGAUCGACUUCGUGAACUCGCUAGGCGGGUCGUCGCUGCAGGGCCCCGCGCUGUACUGGUGGACGCACUUCUGCUCCGCCGUGGCCUACAUCAAGACCAUGGAGUACGGAGACUCCUAGCCCGCCGUGCGGCCCCAGAAUGGGCGAGGCAAGAAGGCAGAAACAUGGUAUUCCAUGUUUCGCAGAGAACGGGCUCACACUGUAUGAUUAUAGCAACGUUUGUUGGGCCAGUCGCAUCAGCCACAGUCAACACAUUCGCUACCAGACAAAAAAUAGCG